CUCAAUGACUAGAUAUGUUUUCAUUCUUGUGCUAUAUAUACGGCGUGGUUUUACAAGGUGCCAUGCAACACUAGCUUCAGUCCAGUUCAAAGAAUCAUUCGAUUUUGGGUGAAGGAUCGAGAAAUCGUGUAGCGCUUUAUCCAGAUGAAGAAACUUCUUGUCUGUGUUGCUCUCAUCCUAGUCUCGCUGUCUCGAUGCGUCAACUCUCAACUUCGAGUUGGGUUCUAUGAGAACUCAUGCUGGUCGGCCGAGUUCAUCGUCAAGGAAGAGGUCAGGAAAGCUUUCUUCAAGGACAAGGGUUUGGCUGCUGGUCUUGUGAGGAUGCACUUUCACGAUUGUUUUGUUAGGGGUUGUGAUGGGUCCGUGCUCAUCGACUCAACUCCGUCGAACACGGCCGAAAAGGAUUCUCCAGUCAACAAUCCUAGCCUGAGAGGGUUCGAAGUAAUCGACUACGCCAAGGCUAAGCUUGAAGCUGUGUGCAAAGGAGUUGUCUCCUGUGCUGACAUACUGGCCUUUGCAGCAAGAGAUAGUGUGGAGAUGACGGGAGGUUUUGGGUACGAUGUUCCUGCAGGAAGAAGAGAUGGCAGGGUCUCUUUAGCUUCGGAGACGCUGACAAACUUACCUCCCCCGACCUUCAAUGUCGACCAACUCACACAGAACUUCGACAACAAGGGCUUCACUCAACAGGAAAUGGUCACCCUGUCCGGAGCGCAUACCAUCGGUCGGUCUCACUGCACUUCCUUCAGCAAUAGGCUGUACAGCUUCAACACAACUGUGAGCCAAGACCCGAGCCUGGACCCUGGAUAUGCGGCCGCAUUGAAGCAACAGUGUCCGCAGGGCAAUGAUCCGAACCUAGUUGUCCCGAUGGACCCCCCUAGCCCGAACACGAUGGACGAAAGCUAUUAUCGGGGCAUACUUGUGAACCGAGGCUUGUUCACGUCGGACCAGACGCUCCUCACAAGCUCCGCGACCGCAAGCCAAGUCAUUCAAAACGUGAGAGCCCCCUCCAUCUGGAAGAACAACUUUGCGGCGGCGAUGGUGAAGAUGGGUAACAUCGGUGUCUUGACCGGAGACGCCGGAGAGAUCCGAGAGAAUUGCAGGGUCAUCAUUGGCCAGUUGAGAGGACAUUAACACUGGGCAGUGGGCAAGGCCGAAAGAGUUUUUGCCUCUAUAUUCUGUGCGUUUUGCUGC